CGCCGUAACGGGGGUGAAUAUUAGGACGAUUCUAAGGGCCCUGGUCAGACAGGGGGCCCAGUAGAACCCCAUACUUUCCUGUAUGAUUUCGGUAUUUAAAUGGCCUCUUUGAACAAGAAUCUAUUAAGAAGCAGGCUAUAAUGAAUGCCCUCAGACUGUUCAGAGUGCACGUGUUACGACACAUUACGACAUUUGUGGAUUAUUCAGAAACGCCGCACUUCACACGCAUCAGUUAGAUGGCAGGAGAUGGUGCAGACAAAAUUGGGAUACCAAAAGAGGAGAGAGCAAGAUGGGGAAGACAGUUCAUCACCCAGUUUUUCCACAAAUAAGGUGAUUUAUGUUCCCUGUUUUGUGCUAUGAUUCUGAAGUUAGCCCAUAUAUGAAGCUGUUAUAAUUAACAUAAACUAGAAAUUCUAUCAGUUACUCCCCCUGAUGUUUAUCCUUGGAAGUUGGAACACAAUAUUUCCAAGAAUGUAUGUUUUUCCACGCAAUCGAGCAAUAGUAAUGGAGCAUUGCUCUUCAGAAAGGACGGAAAAGAACCAAGUGACAAAGUACAGUGAUUCUUAUUAAAUUUACUGAAGUUAUUCAGUCAAAUGGCGCACGGUGGCUUAGUGGCUAGCAUGUUUGCCUCACACCUCCAGGGUCGGGGGUUCGAGUCCCACCGUGGCCCUGUGUGUGCGGAGUUUGUAUGUUCUCCCCGUGCUGCGGGGGUUUCCUCCGGGUACUCCGGUUUCCUCCCCCAGUCCAAAGACAUGCCUGGUAGGCUGAUUGGUAUGUCCAAAGUGUCCCUAGUGUAUGAAUGGGGGUGUGAAUGUGUGUGUGACUGUGCCCGAUGCUCCCUGGGAUAGGCUCCAGGUUUCCCGUGACCCUGAAAAGGAUUAAGUGGUAUAGAAGAUGGAUGGAUGCAUUCAGUCAAAGGCAGUUUUAACGUUAUGACUUUCGGCUUGCUGGCUGUGGUUUCGGAGGCAGAACGCAACCGUUUUCCAACCCUCUCUCAGCUGAGCGAGAACGAUGUGGAUAACAUUUGGGCAAAUGUGUCAGCUUUCAUCGAACGGAACAUGUCUAUGCAAAAGGGAGUGUGCAUUGCUGGCCUUGGAGUGUUCACCUUCUCCCAGCAGAAGUUGGAUGUAGGCAGCAAGUAUGUGCUUUAUCAGCGGCCAAUCUUCAUCUUAACUGAGAAACUUUGCCAGUCUCAUGGCCUUAAACAGACCAAACCUCUGGCUGCAGCAGGGGACAUUCCAGUGGUGCAGCUCAAUUUCACUGCCCUGAGCAUGGACAGCCCAUUCGAGCGCGACGUGGUGGAGGGCUGUGUGAGGGAGAUGCUCCUCUUGCUAGUACGUGCUGUGGCUGCCCAGCGCACCGUCUUUCUUAUCUUCAGGGGCAUUGGCAUCCUCUCAUUCCGUCACAGCAACGUCAAGAUGAAGUUCUACCGCGACUUCAUCUCAAGCAUGGAUGGCUCAGGCACACUCCUCUGGGCUCUGACCAACAGACCUGGAACGAGCAUCUCUGUGGUCUCUGGGACACUCUCAAGCCCUGGGAGCUGCAAUGCCAUCACAUUCCCCAAAAUCUCAUCAGGAAAGGCACUGAAAGAAGAGGAUGACGGUUCUGCCCCUGAGCUGCAUGAUAGACAAGAGGAGAUUAGAAAAGUAUGUGUUACAGAGUCCAGGCUUUCCGCACAGCCUGAAUUCAGGCCAUUCACAGCCAAAGCAAAUGGAAACAUCUCAAGUGAUAAACAACAGACUGAGUCUCCAUUAGAAACGAUGGAAGGACAUGCUGAAGCCCCACAGCCACCAGAUGGCACCGCUGAUAAAGUAGAAGUGAAGCGAGAAGCUGCCUCCCCAAGUCCGGCAUGCCUCGACCACACCCGAGCUGGACAGGAGCUAUGCUACCUGUGUAUGCAGCGAGCCCAGCGUAAUGUACCACUGUAUUUGGCAGAGGAGAGACACAGACAGGACAAGGAAGAGGAGAAACUGCUGUUGCUCGCCGAGAAACACAGAGACGAGCAGUACUUACAGAGAGAAGAAGUCAAGCAAGAGCAGAAACGGCAGGACAAUAAGAAGACGGCAGCAUUUAAUCUCGGGGUCGCUGAAACACUGAAGGCAAAGAAGUCAGCAAGGUCAUCCCAGUUUGAGGGCUCGUACAUCCUUGGUAGACGGCCGGUCACUCCUCCCAGGCUUCUGAAGCAGAGGUGCUACAUGCAGGAAUUGACAGAGCAGCUGACCCAGAGGAGACUGAACCGCACACAGAGAUGCCAAGACCAGGAGCUCACUGAGCGGCUACGCCAAAUCCAGCUAGCUGAUGAGUUUACGAAACUGAAAGCUCAGGAACUUCUCCAGAAAAAGGAGAACAUGAAGAGGCUCCAAAAGGCCCUAGAUAUCCAACUGGAACACCGGAGUCCAGGCCUCCCUCCACGUCAGCCUGACUCGGACGGCCCUGUGUUUGGUGUGAGGGAUGGUGCUCCAGCCCUUCUGGCAGAACAAAGACAGAGAGCACAAAGAGUUUGUGAAGAGCAGCUAAAGGCAGCAUCGAGCAAGAGGAAGGAGGCGCUGUGCAGCCGGCUGAGUGAGCAGAGAAAGGAAAUGGACAUGCUGCAGCGCAACCACCAGGAACUGAUAGCAGAUCGAAUCGCCCAUUAUGAGAGGCUGAGAAACCUGAGGACUGCACUAGAAAACACAUGGUCUCACAGCGCUGACCUGAAACACUGCCGAGACCUAGAGGAGAGAGCUUUCAUUAGGUCGGGUGGCAGGCUGCUGAUAGAUCAGUGUGAACAGUACCGCCGCUGUUUCCAGUGCAAGAGAAAACCCACCAACUGUGGUGAGAGCAACAUCUGGAAGGAUUCUCACUACAUCCCCGGCUCCCGUCUGAUGGUGUAGCCUCCUCUAACUCUACUCUAGAAUAACCUAAAAUGCUUGAAGUUCUGGCACACUUGAAUAUGGUUAUAUCUGUGUGGUAUUAGGUGUGGAUGCUGAAUCCUGUGCUGAGUGAUUUCUUCACAAAUGUCAUAAAAGAGAUAUAAAUGUC